AUGCCGGCCCACGUGCAAGCAAGUGUCCUGCAGCGAUUGAUUCCGAUGCUUGUGUUACUGUCAAUUGCUGCAGCCCUACCCGUAGUGCUGGUGCGUCCCGAUUCCAACACCAUCCGCAACAUCAAUCAAUACCGAUCGAACGAAGGGAAAACGCUACAUCACACACCCCGGUACGAGUUCGCUUACGGCGUGAAGGACCCAAUUACGGGCGAUCACAAAGAUCAGUGGGAAAAGCGAGACGGGGACCGAGUGCAGGGUGUGUACAUGCUGGAGGAAGCCGACGGGACACAGCGCAUCGUGGAGUACGAGGCAGACGCCGUGCAGGGCUUCCGGGCGAUCGUCACCAAUGUAGAGCUGCCCAAGGGCACCCAGACCCAUCACGAACCGAUCGCACACAGCUACACAAAUGAACCACUCAUGCAACCCACUAUUAAACAUUCGCACCAUCGAAUCGUACGAAAGCACCCGAUCUGCUUCGAAAACGAAUCGCUCGACCCGGCAACGGUACCGAUGGCUCAGGGUUUAGAACUGAACAAAACGCACAAAACACAUCGAAAGUGUCGAUCACACUCGAUUAAUCCUUCGGUAGCAAAGUCGCCCCAGAUUCGGCUGGCGCUCGAUCAACCAUAG